GAAAAGAAAAGAGAAGAGAAGAGAAGAAAAAAAAGAAAAGAAAAAAGUGUAUCGUAGAGGACAGGAAAGGUCGAUUCUCUUUACUUUGAGGAAGGGAAAAAGAAAAGAAAAAGCAAGAUAAGUCAGUAAAUUAUUGAAAAAUUAUUAGAAUAGACCUAGAAAUCUCAUGUCCACCGACGUGUACUUGACAUAGCUAAUAAUGGAGUAUAAUAAAAUAAAUAGAGAAGAGAAGAGAACUAUAUUGGGCAUAUAGACUUAUAGAAAUAUACUGAAACACUUUAGGUUUAUGAAAUAUAUUGAAUAGGACAAUUUAUAUCAACAACUGAUGAAUAAUGUAUAAAAGACUUACAGUUAAGCCUGUGUAUGUAAAAUAUAUAUUUUACUUAAAAGAACAAAACAUACAAGAUCUGAAAUCAUUGCUCAAGGGGGAGAAAAGGAAAAAUACUAUUCUCAAGUCUAACACAAGAGUGCCUCAGAAGUCCACCCUCCCCUCAAGUUGAAGACCACCUCCAAACCCACCACCGAGCUGCAGCUGUCCGUCCUACAGCAUCUCCACCUUCACAACCUCACAGAAACUCCUGGGGCCCUGUAAAGAAAACUGAACAUCACAGUCCAGUACAGCUCCACUGUCUCUACCAAAGGAUUAUAACCUAUACACCAAAAACAAACAUCAUAGUCUAUUAUAGAGAACUUUGCUGACAUUGGUAUACAUAUUUGUUGUGGUGGACAUCAAGAGGACCAUCAGAUGGAGACAAAGAAGUCAGUCUGAAGGAUAUUUUGAGGCGACACUGACAGCGGGCAGCUCUCCAGCAUGCAGGUGAUAACAUGCGCGUUGUUUAUGCUCGUCACUCUCCCUGUCAGCUCCGUGUCGGAGGCUGACUCUUGCCCUGCUGUCUGCGAGUGCUCUGAGUGGAGGACUCACACCAUCUCCUGCUUUGACAUUGAUAUUCUCCCCAGGUUUCCAGCAAGCACGGAGACACUGUGGCUUUUUGAGACCCGUCUGUCAGCUGUUCCAGCAGAUGUCUUUGCCAACAUGGUCAACAUUUCAAGGAUAUAUAUGUCAGUGGACGUGAAGCUGCAGAGGCUGGAGAGACACUCAUUCUACAACCUGAGGAAAAUCACCCACAUAGAGAUACGUAAUGCGAAGAGUCUGACCUACAUCGACCCAGAAGCCUUUAAAAAUCUCCCAAACCUUAAAUACCUGGGGAUUUUCAACACCGGCCUUACUUUCUUCCCCGACUUGAGCAACAUUCACUCUAAUGACAUGAACUUCAUAUUGGAAAUUGUUGAUCAUCCCUACAUCACUGACAUCCCAGCCAACUCUUUCCGUGGCAUCACCAGUGAUGUGCUGACAGUGAUGCUGUAUGGAAAUGGUUUCAGAGAAAUCCAACAUCAUGCCUUUAAUGGGACCAAGCUAGAUCAAGUCGACCUUCACAGGAAUAAGUAUUUGACCAAGAUGGAUGAAAGGGCUUUUGCGGGCGCCAUCAGCGGCCCCAUGCUUCUAGACGUGUCCCUGACAGGGAUCAGCUCCCUGCCGACCACAGGUAUGGACUCUCUACGGGAGCUGAAGGCGCGCAAUGCCUGGGCCCUCAAGAAACUGCCACCUAUCAAAACCUUCAAGCACCUCACCAUUGCCAACCUCACCUACCCCAGCCAUUGCUGCGGCUUCAAAAACCUCAAAAAGAAACGAGGCUUUUUGGAGUACUUCUUCUGUAACCUGACUGCUUUCAACGACCAGCAUCACAAACGCUCUGUGGGGCCCCUCCGCAUGCCUUCCCUCCAGGGGGACAGCAUUGUGGAAACAGUCCCAGACCAGGAGCCAAACGAUGGAGGUCACAGAGAGUCCCACCAAGACUGGAGGAGAGGUGACUUUCAUGGCAGCCUCCACUACCACGCCUAUUUUGGGGGGCAGCCGGAUGAGGAUGUGGGUUUUGGAGAGACCCUCAAGAACCCCCAAGAAGACACCAGCCAAGAUUUUGACAGUCGUUACGAUUAUGUGGUGUGUGAGGAAGGAGAGGAGGUGGCGUGUGCACCAGUGCCCGAUGAGUUCAAUCCUUGUGAGGACAUAAUGGGUUUUGGCUUCCUGCGAGUGUCUGUGUGGUUUGUGAGUCUGUUGGCCAUUCUGGGAAAUGUGGUGGUGCUCCUGGUGCUGCUCACCAGCCACUACAAGCUCUCAGUCUCCCGCUUCCUCAUGUGUCACCUGGCCUUCGCAGAUCUGUGCAUGGGGAUUUAUCUGCUCCUUAUCGCCUCUGUGGACCUCCACACACGGGCCGAGUACUUCAACCACGCCAUAGACUGGCAAACAGGUCCUGGUUGUGGACUUGCGGGUUUUUUUACAGUCUUUGCCAGUGAACUGUCUGUCUACACCUUGACAGUGAUCACUCUGGAGAGGUGGUAUGCUAUCACCUUUGCCAUGAGGCUGGAUCGCAAGCUGCGGCUACACCAUGCCGCAGCUGUGAUGCUAGGAGGCUGGAUCUUCUGCCUCGUCCUGGCGCUGCUUCCACUGGUUGGGGUGAGCAGCUAUCAGAAGGUCAGCAUCUGCCUCCCAAUGGACACCCAGUCCACGGUGGCUCAGGUCUACAUCUUGUCAGUGCUGGUCCUUAACGUUCUGGCCUUUCUUGUUAUCUGUGCUUGCUACUUCAAGAUCUACUGCGCAGUGCACAACCCUCACUACCACUCUGGAUCCAAAGAUACCAACAUCGCCAAGCGCAUGGCGGUCCUCAUUUUUACUGACUUCCUGUGCAUGGCGCCUAUUUCCUUCUACGCCAUGUCAGCAGUGCUGGACCGGCCGCUCAUCACUGUCUCCAACUCAAAAAUUUUAUUGGUGCUCUUCUACCCACUCAACUCCUGCGCCAACCCGUUCCUCUACGCCAUCUUUACGAAAGCAUUCAGGGGGGAUGUAUUCAUCCUCCUCAGUAAGGUGGGGCUAUGUCAGCAGCAAGCACAGCUGUUCAGAGGCCAGACGGUCUCGUCGAAAGGAAGCAGUGGGACAUCUCAGGUCCGUCGAGACAAGGAUAAGGUUAGGAAAGGAGGAAGCGGGGGCCAGGAAGAGGUGCCCAUCCACCUGAAGAAAUGCUCCGGACAUGCCUACCAUCAAGCAGUGAGCCAGCAGACAAGCCCUGAAGAGAGCCAGAGCCUGAACACGUGAGCCGAACACCAGCUUGAAGUAGUAAAAAAGUAAGACAAGUUCAGGAGGCCUUGAAGUGUUUGUGGACAGAUCUGUUUGGAUAUUUAACAGAAAGCUCCAGUAUUCUGUAUCUGCUUCAACUUUCAGGCCAAGUUCAGCUGUUUUCACAAUUUGGGCUGUGAUGAUUUUAUGGUUCCAGUUGUUGGAGGAUAUCAAGUGUCCCUGAAAUAUGAGCUCGACUUCAUCUCACUUGUAGCUCUUUUUUAUUCUGAUGGACUGGCUAGAAUAGAACCGAUAUUAUUAUAAGGAAAACAUAAAGAUAAUACUCAAACAUACACAUUUAACUAUGAAUAAAAUCAAUUUUUCAGUAUCUUUAAUUAUAUCUUGAGUUUAAUUCAAAUUAUGUGUGCACAGUCUCGCAUUAAAAUACAGGGAAAUAUGACAAAUUGUAUUAAGUAAUUCAUUUUCCAAAGAUAAGACCUUUCUGGGGUAAAAUAUUUAUACUUGGCUAUUGUGUUCAAGGACAGCCUGCUGGCUCAGUGCCGUUCAAACAGUUUAUGCAAAUAUAAAAACAUUGCGUUUCUCAUCGUCUUAUCAAUACCUCUGUAUAUAAGUAAGUACAUGUAAGUACAUGCUAACGUUUGGUGAUUUAUUAAUGAAAGCAGGACACAUUGUCUGUGAUUUUUAUGCAUUUCUGAAGUGUGUUUACCUGAAGCUGAAAAGUAAAGAGCUCGACUGUUGAGUGAGUGUUUUUACAGCUAAAGUGGACUCUGUACUUGUACUUAAUUGUGGUUUAUAACUGCACCAAAUCAAUAUAUCGCUUUCUUAGUUUAAUAAAAUAUGUGCUUACUUUUG